GAAAACAUCGCUGAUUCGUUUGAGUCUACGGGAUGUAACUUUUCUUUUUAUAUUAUCCCAGACACACGUCUGUUACUAUACUUGCAGAGGUUUUUGUCGCAUCAUCACUUUAUCUUUGAAUUGGCUUACUUGCUAUCAUCAGUCCGCAUCGUAUCUGGAUCUGUAUUUGUUCCAAAAUGAGCAACAAAUCCCCACUAUUAGCGUCGGCUGGUCAGUCGAGGAAGAGCAACGACCAAAUCGACCGCAUCAGAAAGUCAAAUGGAGCCAGUCCUGCAAGACGGAGAUCUUCCAGGUUGUCGGCAAACGAUGAAAAUCUGCCCUCUAAAAUUGCGGCUCCACCAGUGGCUGUUAAACGGUCGAUCACUGUUCGAAAAAUAGCACCCAGGAAAACUCAGGCCCUGUCAGACAGUAACAAAGAGAAUGUGGAAAGAUUAUCUGAAGUGGCACUAAAGGUGUCCAAAGUCAUGACAUCAUCCCCAGGUGUAGCAACUGCACCAAAGACGGCCGCCGUCUCGCCCAUCUUGCCUCCUCCUCCAUCAUCAUCUCAGUGUAGAGAAUCUGAGCAGGAUCCCGUAUGGUCCCAGAAAGUGAGGCGCUCCUACACUCGGCUUAGCUUCGGUGAAAAGUCCUUUGAAAGCCCCAAAACUCAGCCUGCUUCUUCCUCACCUCCCAACAACCGAGAGACCAUGUUUGGGUUUGAGAGGCUUCAGACACCAGAGGUGAUGCGUAAAACAGAACGGUCUGGAAUAGCUCCCCAAGGCUCUUCGUCAUUCAGUGUGGGUUCUUUUAACAUCUCAAGUGCUGAUGACAGCGCAUCUUGCCCUCCUGAAGUAGAUCCAAAUAUCCCUGGUGUGUGCCUGGUGAAGAAAACCAUCAGGAGGAAGCGUGUGCAACAGAUCAAGAUUUCGGAAUUGGAAGUUCUUGCCGCAAAGAUGAAUGCAGAGUUUGAAGAAGCGGAACAUUUUGAUCUGGUUGUUGAAUGAUAUUUGCAAAGAUCCUCAUGUGUUCAGGACAUUUUGUGUACAUGAUACUAGUCAACAUAUGGCUUAAUUAGUGUUCAUUAUUCUGAAAAACUGACCAUCAUUUCUUUUUGUAUGCAGAAAUUAUUACAAGCACAUUUAAGAGAUCAAACAAAAUGUUGUGUUGUUUUUACAAAAUACAUUUUACAUAAAGAUUAUUUUUGAGAUUUAGGCAUUUAAAAUUACUUCAAAUUUAAUUGUGUAAUGAUAAACAAAAUCAUUAAAAUACAUCUUUUAAAGAUUACUCAAUUAAAAUUUAUGGAAUUUUGUUUUGAAAUUAAGAUGCGUAAAUCUAAAAGGGAUAGCACCCUAAAAUUUACAUUCCCUCAUUUCCUCACCCUCAUGCCAUUUCAGAUGUGUAUGACUUACUUUCUUCUUUAGAACACAAAUGAAGAUUUUUAGAAGAAUAUUUCAGUUCUGUAGGUCCAUACAAUGUAAGUGAAUGGUGACCAGUACUUUGAGGCUCCAAAAAGCACAUAAAAGUAGUGUAAAAGUAAUAAGACUCCAGUGGUUUAAUUAAUGUCUUCUGAAGCAAUCCAUUUGGUUUUCGGUGAGAACAAACCAAAAUAUAACUCCUUUUUCGCUGUACACCUUGCCAUAGCAGUCUCUGGGUACGAUCAUGAUUACAAUCUCAAUUACACUUCCUAGUGCUUGACGCAUGUGCAGAGCCCUAGAUGGCGCUAUAGGAAAUGUAAUUGAGCUGGAAAUCAUUAUCGCCAAAAAGAGACUGCUGUCAAGAUAUCUACUGUAAAAUUCAACAUUUUGGUAUUUUCUCACCCAAAACCAACAGGAUCAGUUCAGAAGACAUGCAUUAAACCACUGGAGUUUGAUGAAUUGUUUAGGCUAACUUGAUCUGCUUUUUGAAACUUCAAAGUUCUGGUCACCUUUCACUUGCAUUAUCUGGUGCUAUAGAGCUGAGAUAUUCUUCAAAACAUUUGUGUUCUGCAGAAGAAUGUCAAACACAUCUUAGAUGGUAUGAGUGUAAAUGAUGAAUUUUCAUAAAUUUUCAGUAUAAGAUGGAUCAGUUUGGUUAACAUCUAUUUGGCCCAACUUUUUUUUCAUAUGUUCUGUCUUUGGUUUGUUAAUUGUGUAAUAAUGUGUAUUAAUGUGUUUUCAUUGCAAACAUAUCACUGUAGCAGUCCGCUCUUUUAAUAAGCAUUUUGAUAUGUGUAGUAAUAGUUGAA